AUGGCUGCCUCUCUACCACAUCCAAAGAUCGUUAAGAAGCACUCUAAGAAGUUCAAGAGACAUCACUCUGACCGUUACCACAGAGUUGCUGAAAACUGGAGAAAGCAAAAGGGUAUUGACUCUGUUGUUAGAAGAAGAUUCAGAGGUAACAUUGAUGAACCAACUAUUGGUUACGGUUCCAACAAGAAGACCAAGUUCUUGACCCCAUCUGGUCACAAGGUUUUUGUCGUUGCUAACAUCAAGGAUCUAGAAACUUUGAUGAUGCACACCAAGACUUACGCUGCUGAAAUUGCUCACAAUGUUUCUUCCAAGAACAGAGUUGGUAUUCUAGCCAGAGCUAAGGCUUUAGGUGUCAAGGUUACCAACCCAAAGGGUCGUCUAGCUUUGGAAGCUUAA